AUGUCCAGGUGAGACGAUUAUUUAUAAUAAUAUACCCAUAAUGUUUGAAUUAUUUUUUUUUAAAAACAUGUAUUUUUUUAAUAUUCUGUAUAGAAAUAACAUUUUUACGGCCAUUUAUAAAGUUAUAACUCGUAGUUAGGGAAAAAUAUUAUAUCUAGUAUACGCUUCGAUUACAAUUGUUGUAUUUAUAAUAAUAUUGCCUUAGUAUAUUGAAGUACUUAGUACACCAAGUUGAAUGUUUACUAAGUAGAUGCUAUAAUAUUGUAAAAAUAUACUAUUAUUGUUAUUAUUAUUAUACAAUGAUUAUAUUCAGUUAACAAUUAUACUAGCGUUGUAACCUGAUGUGAACAUUCGAUAGAAUAAUACUAUGAUAUAAAUACGACGUGACAGGCUCAAGACAACACGUCUUCAGACCUUGGCCAGAUGAAGGAGAAUUAAUUAAAUUUAAUAUUAAUGAUUGAUAAAAAAAAAAGUUGUACAACUCGAAUUUGUACAUGUGUCUUUAUGUUAACAUCGCUAUAGUAUAUAUUAUUUGGGCGUAUGGUUUCAUUCAUGAGAGGUCUAUUUAAUUGAAUUAUUCGUAAUAAUUCUACAUACAAUUUUAACUAUUAUUUUUCAAAUUUAAAACACGUUAAUUUUUCGAUAAAACGACAGAAUUUACUAACUUUUGUACAAGAAAAUGUUGACUAUUUAUUAAAUUGGUAAAUGUAAACUUAAUAUCUGUACAAAAAUCUACUGAGUAUUAUUGCUGAUAAUAGUUUACAUUAAUUAUAAAUGUAACAUAAUUGGUGUUGAAUUGAGGUAUUGCAGAGUAUAUUAAAAUCUGAAAAACUUCUAAGAUCAAAUAAUUAUAUAAAGAACACAAAUUCCAAACAAAAAUUAAACAGAGCUAUUCAAAGUCAUAAUGCAUAUGCUUAGGAUUUUUUGGAUGGUUUAUUAAUUUUUUAUUUAUAGUCACUCUUUUAUUUAGUUUUAUCAUUUUAUGAGUUCUAAAAAGAUUAUUCGAAUACUAACUAGUUUAAAAUAAAGAAAUUCGCGUAAAAUCUUAAAAAAGUUGCAGGAAAAAAUAUUUUGAUCGUUUUCAUUUUUAUUAUUUUGCAUAAUGUAAAAACAUAAUUAAACUAAAAGAAACAUCUUUUAUGUAAAUAUUAUUUUUAUUAUUUAAACUUCACAUAAUUGUCAUUAUGUUAUUAUAAUAAAAUACUAUUGAUCGUGUCUGAAAUGCUAGGAGUUCCACGUGCAUGUGUUACAGUCAUUAAAUCACCAAUACGUUUAUGCCGCUAUGAUAUGCUGGUAUACUUUAUUAUAGUGAAUUCCGCUUAAUGUGAUCACUGGUUUAUAGAAUAAACCAUUUAUUGGAAUCAAAAACGAAAAUCCGAGACCAAAUUCUAUGUUAUUAAUGUUAAAUUAACCUUUUAUUAGAAUCACUAAGUACUGGAUAGUUGAAUCACUUUUACGAACAUUUUUAUCGUUUUUAAGGUAUCUAUUGUAUUUUUUUAUUAUAAUUAUAUGUGUUUAUAUUGUAUUUAAUUUUAAUUAUAUGUAUAUUAAUUGAAUAUGGAUUUUAAUUGCAGGCUAAUAUGAAACUGAAAUUAGUUGAUUCUCAAGUACAAUUGAAAAUAGAUAGCUUCUUUAUUUUAUUUAGUUUAGGUAUAAUUAUAAAAUCAUAAAAAAAAAAUGUUUUAUGGAAUCAACUGGAUAAUAGAAUCAAAAUUACCAGAACCAAUGUGAUCACAUUAACCGGAACUCACUGUAUUAUAUUUUAACCAUAAUUUUCAGAAACAUUAAAUUUAUUAAGUAUUUAAUUUUUCGACUAAUUUAGGUUAAGUUGAAUUAAGAAGAAUUAACGAAUAUUGUAGGCGAUUAUUAGAUGAGAUACGUGACAGGUUGUGUGAUAAAAACAAUGUUAUUAAAAAUAAUAGGACAAUUGUAUAAAACUAUUGGAAGUUGCGAGGCCAGUGAUGAUGCACAGGUCGUGUAAUUUAAACUUGUUUAUGUACUCGGAACAGUCAUUUAAUGUGUUUCUUCUGAUACAUGAAUGCGUUGUUAAAAUAUAGGUAAUUUUUUCAGUAUAUUCUCUAAUCGCCUCAUGUUGUCUCGGUAGAAUAUUGAUUUAUAACUAAAGGUUGUAGAGUUUAAGAAUAAGUCAUAUCGAGUGUAUCAUAAUUCAUAACGAUCCAUCAUUCUGAGGGCACAUAGAUUUAAAAAAAAUGUGAACGAGAUCAGUUGAGGAUUAAACAAAAUGUAUGAAAUAUAAAUAGAAGUAAUAGAAGUAGAUUCAAAUGUUAAGGUGGAUCUCAUGACGUGCAGUGUGAUGUGAGAUUGAUUAGAAUUCUUCUUCUUUUGUGACUUGGAAUAUUUGUAGAUUAUCCAGAACCUUCGUUACAACCACCGUGAUCUUCAUUAUUUUUUGACGUUAACUAAUUUUUUUGGUGUUUAUUAAUUGUUGUAUUUUCAUAUUACUCUUAAUUCUGUAUGAAUAUCAUUGCCUUGGCUGUUGUGGUAGGAUAGGAUGGGGAAUGCAUAAUAUAUAAGAGGUAAUUUAAGAAUAGAUCGUAUAUUAGGAAAAAUGUAGAAGAAUAGGUUGAGACGGUAUAGGCAUGUUAAAAGUAGGAAACAGAUAAAAGAUAGUCACAAAAAGAUAGGUUAUUGAAGUAUAGAUGAAAGUCGGAGAAGAAGUAGGAGAAACAAAAAUUGGUUAUAGGUUAAUGGGGUUGAAGGAAAGUUAGGUAUGUGGGACAUGUGGAGCAGAUGAAAAAAUGGUGGUUGAUUGGAUACUUGAGGGAGGGAUUAAUCAUUAAUCCUAUAUGGGCCGAAAGAAGAUUUUACUAAUUUAAUAAAAAUGUCAGUCAAAUUAUAAAUGUAAUGCCUACGAGUAUCAUUUAAUUUACAAAUGUAUGAUCAUUAAGAGGACGUUAUACCCGUAUCUACUGUCUCAGUCCAAUUACCCAACUAUCCAACUUACUAAUUAAUUUACGAGUAUAUCUGUAAGCAUCAAUAAAAUAUUGCUAAUUUAUUUUUAAUUGAAGCAGGAUUUCCAGUAGAAAAUUUAGUCACUGAUAGAAAAAAAAAAAAUUCAAAAAAUUAAAAUACACCAUAGUACAAUCAAUAUAUUGAUAUAUCAUUCUGAUUUUUUUUUCUUAAAAAUCUUGUAUUAUUUAUGGUUUGACAAUUAAUUAUUUGUGAAAGUAAAAACUUUUGUAUGGUCUAUAGUCUGGAGGGUAGCCUCGCCCCCUCUGGAUCCACCACUGGUACCAACACACUUUUUACAUACACACACACAUUAUACAAUAUGUAAUAUAAUUCUCUACAGUAAUUUGUGCAGGUAAUUUGUUUGGGUAUAAUAGGUACGUUUUAUUCGUAUGCAUCACAUUACUGUUUUUAUGAUUUAUUAUUUUAUUUUGUUUGAGUUCAAGGCGAUUGUCGAGUGGCAUAGUCAUUAAAGAGCCAUUUCAAAGGUGGAAAAACUCAAAAGUAAUUUAUAACUCUUUUUAUCGCUUUAUUCGCGAUUGUAAUACUGUCCUUUCGUACCUACGAUCGGCGGUACUUGUUUUUUGCGAACAUUCUCGUACCUAUAUAAAUACUCAACUUGCACUUUCAAUCCGAGUUUAUUCGCUCUUCAGGAUUCGCAAAGUAAAGAGUGAGUAUUUUUUUUUUUUUUUAUUAUUCUUGUACACUAUUAUUAUAAUUUUUUUUUAAAUAUUUUAAAAUCACAAUUCAUUUUUCUUCUGAAAAAACUUUUUCUAUACCUACUAAUAAUAAAUUAUCAUUAAAAUAGGUAUUGCGAUUACUGCUGUCACCAGUUUUUCUUGAUUAAAUUAGUUUAGAAACUUCGCACUUUUGUUUUAUACAAAACUCGGGAAAGCUUGUCAAUAUUUUUCGAAAACUCGAGUUUCUAAUUAUUCUUUUCCACUAAAAUUUCGCGCUUUACACAUACAAUUUUGGUGCUGGUAUUUUUACUAAAAUAAUAUUAGGUUAGGUUAGGUUAGUAUAGGUACUAUAGGUAAUUUUUGUUUGAAUUUUUUUAAAAUAUGUGUUCAUACAUAUCGUUUUACAUGUCACAUAAAUAAACAUUUUCAAAUGUUUGCAAAUGUUGUCUGUUUAAUAUUUUUAAUCAUACCACUCGAUAGUUUAUAGGUUAUACGAUUACUGGUGUAUUAAGUAGUUUUAUAAAUUAUUAUUUUCGCAUAUACCUUCUGGCCAUGCGUUACAUUUAAUAUUUUGAGCUAUAUGUGUUUAAUUGGUUUAAAAUUAAAUAUUUUAAUGAAUAAACAACGGUAAGUUAAUGCACCUAUCUACAUUGCAUAAAAAAUAAAUUUGUAUAUUUUAUAUUAUUAUUAUUAUUUAUAAAAUAACUGAACAAAGUAAUAAAUUAAGAGCCAAGUUCUUAUCGAUGUAUAUAUUUUUUUUGAAAAAACAAAUAUCAAUGCGUUAUAUAUAAUUAAAACCAGACAACAUUCUUUUCUUUUCUAAUUUUCCAUAGUUUUUCGUUUUAUCUAAUAAGAAUUGUUUGCAUCGGCCUCUCCCCUUGAAAGUGCAGACGCAAACGUCGUAUAAUUUAUUUUAAAUUAUAGAAAACGAAAGUUUUGUCGAUUUCUAGAAUGGGGUCGAUAUUUGAUAGCAAAUUUACAGUACGUAGUAUAUUUUUUUCUUUUCUCACAAAUUCUAUGCGCCAUCCGACACCUUUAUAAGCUGUUUCUGAUAUUAGUAUGAAUCAUGUCUUUUGUUCGUGUCUCGGUACGAAUUGAACGCGGCAUAGCCAGUGAAAAAUAGGGUUACCUACGGGGUCGACCACUUUUUUUAGUAUAAUCGAAGCAAUGACAAUAAUGAUAUUGUACUAAAAAAAAAAAAAACACCAAAAAAACAUUAUUUAAAUUUUAACUCUGAAUUAAACAAGGUGUGUAUCAAAAAUUAAAAAUUGCCUCAGUAUAAAUAAAAUAUAUAUUUAAAUGUGAAUAUUAAUAAAUAAAUAAUAUCUGAAUGUAUCUUAAUUAGUGAUAAUUAAACAAAGAUCGAGAUUAUGGUAGUCUCUUUGUCGUUUUUCGGAACAAUUGUUGUCUAUACUUAGCCUUGGCCUUGGCUCGGUCUAGUAUCAAGAUUCUUUUAUUCUUAUUUUAUUAAAAAAAAUAUAUAAAAUAAUUAAAUACCAAAAAUGGAGCUGGAAAUUCGUAUACGAUUUGGUAUGUGAUCUCUAAGGUAUAAUUUUAUAAAGCAAUCAUCUUCAAAUAACUUGCCACAACCCCGACACCUUUUUUCGGUGAUUGUAAUUUAAAAGAUAUUUCUUCUCGAUCGUCGUCACUAUAAACUUAAAGUAUUUUAACUUAUUUUGUUUUCAAUUCGUUAAUUUUUUUUUAUGAUAGCCGAUCAAAUGUAAUAAAUAAUUUCACACAAUUGAAGACAAAAUUUAAUAUUUCAUCUAUUUUCUUUCUCUCAACACACAUUUAUGCACAAUCCAAUAUUAUCCAAUAGAAUCUUAAUUUAUUCUCUCUCAUUUUUCCUGUCAAACCUCCUUCUCUUAGAUUACUACUAUAUUAUAUUUAAUCCUAACUUAUCUCGUUCCUGUUACUUCUAUUUGUAUUUACUAGGUAUCUAUUAUUCAAGAUUCCACUAUCAGACCCAUUUAUUCAAUUACAUACUAGUCAUACAAUUUGAAAUUUAAUUAAAUUUAUUAUUUGACCUCCGACUCUCCGAGUUUUACUCCAUGGCAAUCACCAAGAUUUUUUUCAUAGUAAGAAAAGUAUCGCAAGGGUUAGUAAUGUUCACACAGAUCCUCCACUGCUGUUAUUUGAGACAUGGAAGAAAGUUUUAUCCUGAUUGAUUAACGUUUUUAUCAAUGCGAGUUAUACUGCUACUGUAGGUACCGGAGAGGCGGCAAAACCAAGCGGCAGGACCGACCAUCUUCAGUGUACCGUCAACAAUCUUUGGGUCGAUUAUCACACUGGUACACUCACAAGCCUAUUGUCACCGUCGACCAGUUGCACAGGUAUCGGCGGAAGGAAUUUGGAGUCGUUAACGACGACGAUUUGGGCGCAGCAGUCACAGAACAGCCACCAAUCAGCUUGUCAGCAAGCCCAUCGUUCGACACAGAGUACAGGUGCCGUUUCGAGCCACCUUAUACGACAGCCGAGGAGAUGAGCCAGAACAGGCGUCACGCAGCCGUGCCAAAGGACGAACUCCAGGUGGAAGGCGACGCCGAGUUUAGUCCCGAGUACGCGGAACACUACAAGGACGUUCCCCGGGAACGAAACCUGGCACCCCGGCAAGGUAGUCACAUCGGAAAGUUCGUGUGCGCUGACGACCCGGCUCCAGAGGGCAUGGCAUUCGAGUCAGAACAACAUGGCCAGUACGUGGCGCAUCCAGAGGGCCGGAGGGCCGACAACUUGCGGCCUAGCACUGGGCUUAGAAUGGACGAUUUGCCUAUGGACGGCGAGUCCGAGCAGAUGGCCAACUACCGGAAAUAUCCGACCACGCCACAUCCGGACGCCGUAGGAGGUACGGUAUUUUAAUUUAUUUUGUAUGUAUGUGUGUGUGUCUGUAUAUUUAAAAAAAAAUAUCUUUUGCUGUAGGUAUUUAACUUAACCUAACCUAUAAUUAUAGGUACAUGGUUAUACUUAUUCAAUUGUACGAAUAAAUUUGAAUAGUGAAUGUUUCAUAGAUUCUAUUGUUUUAUCGGGAGAUAGUACAGGGUGAUUUAUAAAUAUGACGUAAGACACUUAUUAUCUCGAAAUGUGAUACUUUUUUUAGAAUUUCUUUUUUGAAAAUUUAAAAAUACAAAGGCCUUUAAAAUAUUAUUAUACCCUUAUAUUUUUCACCUUUAAGUUUGAGUAUGAAACCAUAAUUAUAUUUUAAUUUUAAAGUUGCAACCUAGACAUUAAAAAUUGCAAUGUAUGUAGUUUCAGUUUAAUUACAUUUAGGUGUUGACAUUUUUAAUUUUCUUUAAGUUAUCUUAUGAUACUGACUUUAAAUUUAUCAUCCGGUAUGAUACGAAGUACGAGAGAGUGGAGUUUUAUAACUUUUCAUAACUCUUAUAACUAUGGAUAUAUGCUCGUGUCGAUCGCAGUAUCUAUGAUUAUUGCUGUUUCAUCCUGUGGGCAAGUUUGUUCCUCUAAUGUUUACGUGGGAACAAAUCAAUUGAAUUAAACUUAAUAAUUCCGUGGUUCCGUUCUGUGUUAUAACACAUAUUUUACUAGUUAUAUCUUUUUUAUAUUUUAUAUGAUUAUUAAGUUCAGUCUCUAAAUUUAUUAUGUGUGUGUAUGUGGAAGAGGGGCUGAUUUCGCUAGUAAACACGAAUAAACACGACUAUGCUAUAUAAAAUGAGGUUAUAAGAUACCUAUUUGGUUUGCAGGCGGUAAGGAUUUAGACAGUUUUUACCGCAUUAUUCCGAACGAUGACUCUUUUUCGUUUCCCGGUAGACACGUGUUCAUUGUUUAACAUUCUCGUUUAUAAAGUGGUAUCCAUAUUUCGCUUGCAACUUAUAUUUUUCGAUGGUCAUUCAAACGUUCGUUUCACCACUAGGAGCGUACUGGUAUAACAAUGUACACCAGAACAGAGAAAAUGCAGUAUAUAUUGUCGGUGGGUAAGUGGAACCAUUAGGUUGAAAAAUAGUAGCUGGUGAAAAAUAGCAUGUAAAAAUGUGACCUGGAAUGGAAAAUGAGAUAAUAUUAUAAAUUAUGAUGGUGAAUCAUAAAUAAUCAUAUUAUGUUGUAGCGUUCAGUAGUGAAAUGAUUUAAUGUUAUGAUAUGUGUGUGUGUAUGUGUAUGUGUGCGUGUGUGUGUGUUAUACGUCAUAUGGGGAAAAAUAAAGGUCGAAAAAUGAAAAAUGAAAUGAUUGCGCUUGCGCCCAUGACCAAGACCAGUUAUUGUCACGGAAGACGGCCGUUCGACGAGAGUAUGAAGGAAAUGAUCCUGACACGGGACAGUGGCAUGUUGAUACGGUCUGCGCAUCCAUUCUCCGUCAUCGGUGGACUCCGUAAAACUGAGUAAAAUAUGAAAAAUUACUUUACCAAUAGUUGCGUGUGGGAAUAGACAAUACAGCAUCACUUGAAAAUGACGGCUUAACAUAAGCUUUGCGCUAAAAUGUUUUCGACAAUUGUAGGAGUGUGUUUGAACUGUGAGAUGCAAGCAUGUCGGCUGCGCUUCGUAUUUACUUAAGAGCUUAAACGCUUCGCAUGCCACAAUAUCUAUAUGUAUGAAAAUAUCUAACUUAGUGUACAAAAUCAUGAGACGGACCAACGAUCUACAAAUAGAUAAUACCUAUCAAAUCAGUAUACAAUUGUACAUAAUUAUGAACUAAACGAUACGAUUUAUUUAACAAGUUAUUUAUUCGGUUUUAAGAAAAUUAAUCAAUUUGAAUGCACCCAUCUAGUAACUGCUGGGUCGUGCAUGGUCGUUUUGCGACAGCCGGCUGCUGGGUGGUUUUUUCCUGCACCAGCCUUCUUCGGAUUAAUCUUCAGGUUUUUCACUUAAAGACUAAUCCCAUUCGGAAACAUCGUAAAACUGUUUUUUUAUAGCAUUUUGAAUUUAGUUGAUACUUUUAAAAUGCAACUUUUUAAAAUACCUUGCACUUAUUGUAAUCCUCUAUUGGUGGAAAUCGUAUUACCAGAAUCUAAGAUUACAAAAAUAAAUGGUUUUUUUUUUCGUUCGCUUAUCUUCUGUUAAACAAUUGAUGUGUUUGACUGACGUAACGAGCACUCGGUAAAACACAAAAAGGUGUAUAGUUUAAUACUGUUGACCUUUUUUACCAGUAUGAGAUGCUUACCAACGAAUGUUCGUAAAAUAAUUAACGCGGUAACUGUAAAAAUAUCCGUAUUCGAAAUAUCCGAAAAAAAAAAAAAUAACCAAAAGUAAAAAUUACAUAAAAGUACAGUAUAUUGUAUUAUCCACUAUCUUACUGAAAUUUCUUACUGAUGUGAUAUUUUAAGGAGAUCUUUUUUUUGAUUUGGGGUUGAUGGGUUUUUCAUAAUAAAUGUGAAAAGCCGGGGAAAAUGUAGGGAAAUUUACAAAAUGUAUUAUAUUCAAAUCAUACAUAUUACGGCCUUUUAAAACAUAUUUGUAUAACCGAACUCCGCUCAGAAUCUUUUUUUGUCAUAAUUGAUUAAUCAAAAAUUGAAUUUUCCCUUUACUUUUCCCACUUCUCACGAAUAAAAGAGUGGCCCACCCCAUCGUCAUGUGAAAUAUGUCCAUUUGUUUUUUUCGUUGGCUAUUUCGGAUCCGGGUAAUAUAUUAUGUUUCACAAACCUACUGAUUAAAUCAACGCUCUGUUUGUUUCUCAGACGUCCCGGAAGCGUGAAGAGACCGCCGUUUCGUUUAGAAGUAGUGGACUGUAGUAGUGGCUGCGGUGGCAGCGGCAGCGACAGUGGCGGUGUCGGUCGGAGGUUGGGCGACCCUUCGUUCGUGGUGUUGGAGAAAUCGGAGCCGGUCACCAGAUUGCAUUACCGCCACGAAACUGGUUCGCAGGCAGGUCGCGUCAACACGUGGGUCAAGAGGAGGCAGCGGAACAUGGGUACCGCACGAUUUCUGGACAACCUCCGGCCGGUUUUCGACGCCAGCAAGUCAAUACAGUAG